AGUCAGCAACAGAUAUUGUUGAAUGUGGUGUAGUUGCGCAUUUAUAUUUAUUUUAUUUUCUGUUUAGUAUUUUGUCAAGUUCAAGAAAAAAAGGCAUUUAAUGCACAAAGGCGAAAUCAUUUUUUUUAUUAACUAUUAUAAAACAAAUAUUUUUGCAUAUUAAAACGUGAACGCGUAACGGCCAUAAAAACGUUUGUUUUAAUUUUUAAUAUUAUGCCACAUAACUUAUUAGCUAAUCACUUUUUAAGAUUUCAUUUCCGGAUAAAUAAAAAUAAGUGGAACUAAUACUGGAAGUGACGGCGUGAUUAGGUAUUAAACCUUGCAGUACCUAUCUUAUGAAAGCAAAACCAAAAGUGCCAAAACUCCUAAACUUUAAAAGCUUUAUACAAAGGACCAUCCUAGUCCCAUAGGAAGCUUAGUUGCAUGAAAACACGGAUCAUAAAAUCUUUUGCAAAGACAUUGAAUAAACUUCAUCAUUUUAGUCAGCAAACUAGUUCUCAAGGAUUCAAAUAUGAUGAUUAAACGGUUCGUGGCUUUUACACACAAACAUAAGAUUGUGAGAGGGAUUUUGUCUUAUGGUACACUAUGGCCUUGCGGGAGCCUAAUCGAACAGACGCUAAUAGAAAAACGAAAUUUCAAAACAUAUGACUGGGUCAAAUGUUUAAAAUUUAGUUUAUUUGGAGCAUUCUUUAUGGGACCCACAUUAUAUGUUUGGAUGCGGCUCGCAGCAGUUAUGUGGCCAAAAACAGAUUUAAAAUCGUCUUUGUGCAAGGCCAUCACAGAGCAGGCAUCAUACGAUCCAAUGGCAAUAUCAACGUUUAUGUUUACUAUGAGCCUUUUUGAUGGAAAGACUGUUGAAGAAGCUACGUGGGAAGUAAGAAAUAGGUUUUUUGAGGCCUAUAAAGUGGGCGUCAUUUAUUGGCCGUGUGUGCAAACAGUAAAUUUUACAUUCAUUCCUCGUCAUAACCAAGUGGUGUUUACAUCAUUCUUUAGUAUGCUUUGGACUGCGUUCUUAGCAUAUACAAAAUAUUUAGAAUUACCUAAUGUCGACUUGGACCAUCAUGUAGUCGAUAUUCAUUUUUUAGAAAUGUAGUGUUUCAAAAAUAUAAUGAAAUGUAAUCUUAAGGACAGAAUAAUGUUUGUAGUAUGCACAUUCUUUCAGUACUUUAGUUUAUAGAAAAAUAAAAAAUCAUCCUUAAAAAAACCUAAA